UGAUGACAAGUUUGAAAAACAACUUUUAGCUUUAAAAGGAAAAAGUAAGGGCAUUUUAGGAUUUAUUAAAAAAAGUAGAUUGGAAAUUGCAUGAUCAUUUAGUAAAUUAAAAGAUGGAUUUUUCUAUCCUUUAUGUAAAAUGGUUUAUGAUUUUGUUCGCUUAAGAUUUUCACAUAGAUGAUUCGUUACGCAUUUGGGACUGUUUGUUUUGCUAGAAAAAUAAUAGAGAGGAAUUUUUAUAAUAUUUAGCUAUUUCCUUUUUGAUAUAAUUAAGGGAAGAUUUAAUUAUAGGAGAUUUUGGAUAAAUUUUAUUGAUUUUGUAAAAUUUGGAGAAAUAAGCUAUUAAUUUAAGUGAAGUAAUCUAAAGAGCAUAUCUCUUAUAGAAAGAACAAAAAAAAUGUUGA